AUGGAUACUGGAGAAUAUGAAACUAAUACACUGUUGAUUAACAAUGUCUCGUCGAUCGCUUAUCGUCUGUACGAACCGGCGUCCAAUCUGUCGCAAACCUUCGCUUCGACUGCUCUCGACAUCGAAAACUCGCUAAGGGAAAGGGGCUACGUCGUUCUAUACGAUGCGACGAAAAGGGGGCUGUGGCACUUUCAAUUUCUUCCCAAGGAGGCGAGGUUGGAUGAUUUGGGCGACGGCCUCGAGCUGCCGCCCGAUGUGACCGGACAAGGCCUUGCUGUAAAGGAACAUGGUGUCAUAGAGCCUCCGAUAAUACAAAAGCCUCGUUCUCAAGCGCCCCAGUCCAGCCUCACACCCACGAGCCUCUUGUCGACGUCGUCCCCUCUAGAGCAAGCCCACCGCCCGACCCUCUCUUCGCCACUGCAAACCACCGCGCCCGCCUCGCAAGACCUGGACCCAAAGGCCGAAGCCAAGCUCAAGGCGACGACAGCUCAGAGGGCAUUGUACGAGAAAUUGAUCGCGUCCGUCUUGUCGACGUUAUCCACCUCGUUCUGUCGCCGAACCGGGGCAAUCCCUCUAAACUACCGAACUGUCUUGCUCGCUCCAACCGCAUACAAUGCGCAGCCGCAUGCAGUUGCCGUGGGCAGGCCGCAGAUACUGGGCACUUUCAGGGUGUACCUGACAACGACGGGAGCAAUGAUGAUCAGUCUGGCCCUUACGAAAUGCCGGGGGAUUCUGUCACUGGACGAUGCUGUUCCCUCGGGUCUGGCCCCUCCGGGCUACUCUGUUCUUGCGGCUCCUUUCGGCAUCAUGACUGCUGCCCAGAGCUCGGUCCCUGGUGGUGACGGCUCGAUGAGCUUGGCACAGACACCCAUGACGCAGUUCUUCAACUUCCGUGGCGGAGUCGAUGGACAAGAGUCCGUUUGGAAACAAGCCUGCCUACGGUUUCUGAAUUUCCGGGGCAUAACUGCCUCAACGCUGGAAGGCUGCCUGUGGGUGAAUCUCUUCGUCCCCAAGCCAAAGAACCCUGACAGCAGGGGUGAUCAGCGGUUGUCAAGCGCAAACUCUUCAUUCACGCUGCCAUGGCCCAGACGUCUCUGUUUCCGCAAAAAGAACGUCGACGCAUCCUCGACUAGCCGUGUCGUGGACGCCGUGUUGAGCGGUCAUGAGGAGAGUCACGAUCCUUUGGGCAAUGCUAGGGGAUGGUAUGCCGCCGUUACGGAAAGGGAAGAAAAGGCGAAACGGGCCAUGGAGCGAGCAGCCACUCUUCUCAAGGAGCAGAAUCAGAAUCCAGAGUCGAGAACGCCCAAGCCGAGUGGCUUGUCGCCUGUAGCUCUACAGCGCCCCAAUACGGCAACAGCUGGCAUCAUGUAUCCAACGCCGCCAGACGGGGUUCACCAAGCGAAUGGCGUAACCCCGUCCAUCGACGGCACGCUUUCCAGCCCCGGAAACCCAUUAUCGGCACCAAUGGUUACAGAGGCAGAUGCCAUUGUGCAGCAUGAGCCAUCCAACGGCGACAGCCUUGACCAGCCCCUGGAGUUCGCAGAGUCCAAGAGACAGCGGAGCGAUAGUAACAUCCUUGGCGAUAGUGCGCCACUUCUCCCGGUGCAAAUGGCCGCGUCGCUGCCUCACCACCCUUCCGCUCCUCUCCCAGCUCCAAUUGCGGCUCAAGCUGCUUCUCCUGCUCUUGCGCCGAUAUCUUCUGCGCUCCCGCCGCCGCCACAUGCCGCGCUUCCUCCCCCUCCACUACCUCCCCCUCAAGACAGGGUCGUGUUUGCAAAACCAGAACUGAAGCAUGCCAGAAGCCAGAAUGACGACCAAGCCCGUCGAAGCCGUGGAGAUGUGCGUGUAACGCCUGCAAAACGCGAGUCCAGCCCCUUUGACCCUUACGCGGUGUUCAAGCGUGUGAGGGCAUCCCUCAAUUCUAAGGGGUCCUCUCAGCCUUCGUUAAGGAAGGCCAAGGUCUUUGAGAGCCUCGACUUUGACCCAGCAUUGCCCUUGAUCAACAAAAAGUAUGAGCAGGGGGGGUUUUUCGACCCGAACACUCUGUCAAGGGUGGAAAAGAUGGAGAAGGCGAGCUCAGAUCUUCGGACCGUGCCCGAGACUGACUAUCUCAAGCGGCAUGGCAAAGUUAACAGGAGGCCGCGGGAGCGACCAAUGACUCGAAGUGCCAUGAGCAAGCCAUACUCCGCACUAGAGCUGCAUGGGUCGACCGGUAGCCCAAUGAAACUGGAUGCAUCAUUAUCCGAAGGCGAGGAGAGCAGCGUGGAAUCGGACCAGGAUGACUCCAGCUACACAUCGGACGAGGCCGGCUCACCGCACAAAGCCAGUAUCAGGCUGAUCAACGGUGACGACGAUAUACUCUCCCAAAUCACCUCGCUGAGAGAUGGUGACAUUGAAGAGCCUGAUCACCAGCUGGCUAUGGAGUUGCCACGGCUCUCCAAGUCUGACACGUCUGGAGCACCGCUGUCCUCGUUGUUCUCUGAUCCAGAACCCCUGGCGUUGGACAUGGCCUUGAGUGACGACGACAUGAUUCAGAUUGCGCAGAUUGUGACGGAACAAGCAGCAACGGGGGGGCUGGAUAUCUUCAGAGCAUCGGACUUUGAGCCAUCUACCCUCUCAGCCAGCCAGAAGCGUCAGGAACUAUCAAGUUACGGCCGCGACGCCUUUCAUACGCUGGAAGAGGUCGUUGCACAAUUCUUCGAAGACACGAUGCCGAUGCGUCUGAAGGGCUUGUUGGAUAUUCAGGACGUACCGCUCUUGAGCCAGUUUCAACCGCGGCCGAUGCAGGGCCGAGACGGAAACUCCGAGGCCAUGAGGCCAAGCAACCUGUACCAGAUUCCGAGCCCGCACUUAGAGGUGCAAAGGGCAGACAUGAAACUGUCUGUUCUGCCGUCUGCAGUUUCCUUUUGGGAGAGCCUGGGUCUUUCUCCGUCUUCCGGCAGCAAGAACAUCAACGCGUUUUGUGUGUUUCCCGGAUGGCCUGGAAUGGGAGACAAUGUCCUGACCUUUCUGGAUCGCAUCAAGAGUGUUUACGAGUUCUUGAAACUGGGCACAUUUGAUGUCAUGCCCCUUGGUGCGGAUUUGGAACCAGGACUCUUGCCAUAUGAGGUUGAUCGGAUCACCACGUCUCCAGAUGCCACCGUGACGGGGCAUGGCUCGGCCAUGAUCGAAAGCUUGGAAGCGCUGCGCGGGUUGUUCACCAGCCUGUCCAUUACCGAGACGAACUUUGUCAUCUACUUUGUCUACUCGCCGGACAAUCCCGGAACCAUUAUCGAGUCUUGCACAGCUUUCCAGCGGUUUUUCGAAACCUACCAGAAGAUUCUGGCAACUCGAAAGGAGCCUCCGCAGAACGAGCUCGUUUUGCAGCUGGUAUCAGCAGAUCUGCUCUCUUCGCCUACAGCCUUUGUUGUCACUCCGACCCCUGACCUCAUCAGACUCUGCAUCGAGACGUAUGAUCGUUGCACUCUCUUUGGGGGCCCAAUGCCGGCCCCGGCGAUCAGGCUUGAGCAGCUCCUACCGCGCAUCAUCGACUUCAAGCUGACGACGAACCCUUCAGCGUCCCUCAUUCGCGAGAAUUCGUGCAUUCAUGUAGCAUAUGCGCAAAGCGUCGACGAGCGAUGGAUUACGGCCGCGUGGACAGACGACAGGGGAAACCAACAAGCGACGGCGUCUUACUGCUUGGCGAGAAAGGGGAAGCCACCAUCUCGAAAUAUGAACGACAUCGCCCAUGAGAUAUGGGAGACUACUCUCGAACUGAUAUCCGCCUGGAAAGUUCUGUGGAGGGUUAUCAUAACGAAAUGCGGGCCCAUGCCACAGCACGAGAUGGACUUUUGGGUUGACCUCGCACGCACCGAGAUCAACGCCAAGGUCACGGUAGCUUUGCUAACGGUUGAUACGAACCCAUCACUCCAGCUUUUGCCGCCGGUGGUGAGGCUUCCACCCCCCUCGGCUGCUCUCCAUACGCCAGUCUCCACGCCGCAGCCGAGCGUGCUCUCCCCCGAGCAGAUUGCCACUCCCGCAACUCCCGCCCGAGAAGCCAACGUGGCGACGGCGGCUACACCCUCUGGCGAUGGCGGCGCCUCAAAUACAAGCACUGCCGACGCGGAUGCGGACGCCAUCUUGGUCGACGUAACGGAUCAGACGUGGGGAGCCAUUGCAGGCCACCGGCUUAGCAACUCCACGAGCAUUUUGGAAGUGCAGCCCGCCUUGAUCAGCGGCUAUCUGAUCAAGCGGACGGGGAUCAGAGUGGAAGAUGCCCCCGUCGCUAUGGAGGUCAACCUGGUCUAUACGGAAGCAACGCCACGCGUGCACGAACCCCUCUUUCGAGAGAUGUUGGGAUACUUCAGAGGACUGGGCACUCUGGCUCGGGCGCGUGGAGUGGUGGACAGGGAGGGCGACGUGCGGCCCUGGCAUGUUGCGGCUGCUGAGAAGGCUGCGCGUGCGUUGUAUCUGUUGAUGUAG